AAUUUAUUUGUUAAUUUUUACUAUCUAUCUAUCAACUCAAUUAAUUUUAAAAUAAAUCAAAAAAUGCAGGAAGAAAUUACAUAGCUAAGAACUAAAUUAAAUGAUCUUAGACAGGAACGUGAUAGAUAAGAAUAAAAUUACUAAGAAUUGCAUUAAAAUUAUAGUGUAUAAAUAGAGGCUUUCAGAUAAUAAACUUUAAAAUUGCAAGAUUUAGAUAGAAACUACCAAUCUAUUUUAGAUGAAAAUUAGUUUUUGCAGCAAUAGAAUAGCCAUUUUUAAAGCGAAAACGCAAAGUUAUAACUCUAAAACUAAUAGAUUGUUUAGAAAUAUACAGAACUCUUAGAGUAGAAUAAGCUGAGUAAGGACUCAUUACAUAAAUAAUAAUAAACACACCACAUUUUAACCUAAAAAAUAAACCAUUUGCAAAAAGAGUAUUUAAAUGUUGAUGAACAUCUUUCAAAUGUGAAUAAGGAGAGAAGUGAGCUGAAAAAGAAGGGUAGAGAAUUUUUAGAAGACUUUGAAAUUUCAAAGGAUUAGAUUAAGAAAAUCAAUGCCUAAAUUAAAGAAUUUUUUGAUAAGAUUCCUUCUUCAAUUCAAAAAGACUUGUAAAAUAUAUCAUAAGCAAAAUCGAUACUUACUGAAUUGUUAGAAAGUGAAGAUAUUGGUCUUUCUUAAUAGAUUUAAGCUAAUUUUGAGAUGUUUAGCCUUAUAUUAUCUGAUUCAAUCUUUGUUUUUAAAAGAUACAGCGAUAUCAGAUAAGAAAAUAGGAUUCUAACUUAAAAGCUUUCUAAUAUGGAAAAGUAGUUUUAUUCUUUUAACAACGAAGGAGAAGAGUGGAAAGAGAGGGAAAAAGAGCUGCUUAUAAAAAUAGAUGAACUGUAAUAAGAGAAAGCACAUGCACAAAAAUAAUCAUAAGAAAUUUUGAAUGAAAUGAAUUUAAAAGAGAAUUAUUAUGCAUAAAAUAAAAAAUAAAUGGCUCUCUUGUUCUCUGAAAACGAGAAGCAAAAAAAUUAAAUAUUUAAUCAGUAAAAGGUCAUAGAUAAGUUAAGAACUUAAACAAUAGAUAUUUAAUAGCAAAAUUUGUCAAGUAUAGAAAACAAAAUGUUUGAGAAUUAAUAUUAGCUGGUUGUUUCUGAAAAGAAAAAAAUUGAAUACAUAAUUAAUUAAAUAGUAAGCAAAAUACAAAAUGAAAAAUUACAGUCACAUAUAAAUGAAAUACUAGAGCACAAUAAAUAAAAAGAAUUAAUAUCAAAAUAAUAAUUAGAAUACGAAUCAAUGCUCUAAAAGUAUGAAACAGAUUUAAAAACAACUGUAAAAAAUAAUCCCCUUUGUGAAGAAAACAUCACUUUAAGAAAAAAUCUUGAAAACAUUCGCCAAAAAUUCUCAAAAUCAGCUCAAGCUAUAAGAAUUCUGGAGCAAAAGAUUGAAAAAGAGAUAAAUUAAAUACAAAGAUUAGAAUUCUUGGAGACAUAGAAAUAAAAUUUUGAUUUUAAAAUAAAUGAUGUAAUUUUAAAUUAAUUAAUUAUAAACAAUUUAUUUAUUUCCAAUAAAAAAUAGGUAAAAGAGCAACUUAAUGAAUUAAAAAAUUAUGCUUACUCUUGA